UUUUUCUUAUGUCGGAAAUGAACAACAAAGAAAGAGCUGUUGACUUUUUUAUCGUUUUCUUCUAGUAUUAUUUUAAUUAUUUAGUUAUAAUAUUAUUACGUAAAUCAUGAAACUUGAUCGGAUUUUGUCGUUUCUAAUGUAGAAACUCUUGUAAUCUGAUGCCAAAUGUCAAAAUUAUUUUAAUCAAGUACCUCUGUUUUCUUCUUAAUUACUAAUAUCGAUCUCUGGGUAUUUUAUACUAUUAAAAUUGAGUACUAUUGUAUUCUUUUUUUUUCUUUUGUUUCUGGUGAGAAGUGGGUCUACUAAAUGACACAAUUUGCUAAACAAUCUACCCUCGUGCUUCGAGCUUCGUCGUCACCCUCUCGUGAUUUUUCCUAUUACUAUUAAUAAUAAGCCAAGAAAGCCGCAUUUUAUGCGAAAUCUGGAAAAUUUAAUAUAAUCUUCCAGGUUUCUUCUUAACAAUAAUAAUAUGGAACUCUGAGUGAGUGAGUGAGUGAGUGAGUGACUAGAGAGUAAAAGCAUCAUCACUAGUUCUGCUUUAUCAGUAGAUUGUCUUGUUCAGUUUCCAAGCAUUGGAUCGGAUUCUUAAGAGAGAGAGAAGAAGAAGAAGAGGAUUCUUGAUUUUAAUGGAGAAAGAGAUUUGUAGAAGACAUCUCUCAAGAGAAGGGAUAGGAUGUGUUUGGGUGUUUAUGAGCAUGUUUGAUUUCAGACAUGGUGGAUCUACCCACAAGCUUUUGAUGGAUAAGAAACGUGGAAGCAAACGAAUCAUUGGUAAUAAUGGAAUGUUUGAGACUAAAGUUGAGAAGCAGCUUACCUGUGACUGUGACUGUGAGGAGAGUGAAGAAGCUGAGAUGCAGAGUGUUAAGAAACUCAUUGAAGAGGAGAUUGAUGAGAAGAGUAAGCAAAAGUGUGAGUCCAGAAACCGGAAGAGGAGAACUAAAACCUGCAGCAAAAUCAGUGAGGAUAUCAAUGUUUUGAUUGCUGGUGAUGAUGACGAUCAUGCAGAGAACUUAAAUGAUGAUCAAUGCACUCAGAAGGAAGUGGAUUUGGUAAACGAUGAUUCCGAAGAGAAGUUCAGCGAGUUGAUAAAGCGGUUGAUAGCUCAGAAGGAUAGCGAGGUAGAGAGUUGUGACAACCUGGUGGAUGCAUUUCAGGUCUUGGAUUCUAAAGCAGGAUCAUUCUUGAAUACUGGUACACCAAGUUCAGGGGAUUCUCAGAGAAUCAAAGUGACAACAAUCUCUCCAAAUCAAAGCAGGACUUCUCAAUGCACACAACAAACAAUUGUAAUUUUGAAGCCUGAACCUUUGGAUGUUGGAUCAUCACCUGGAACACCUUCUAAAGACAACAAGGCCAAACAUGGGAGAUUUGGUUCUCGCUUAAUUCUCAGUAGAAUCAGAAGAAGACUAAAAUUUGGUGUUGGAAAGAAUCCAUGCAAUGCUCAAUAUGACUCUGAUCUUGAUCCAGAUGCAUUGUCGUCUAACAUGAGUCAAAACGGUUGUUUGGGAGAAGAGACAGAUACUAAUUCCGGAAGGCAUGUUUCAGGUGGAGAAAUAUUUCCUGAAAUUGCUUCAAAAAGUGAGUCUUAUAGAGAGGAUAAUGUCCAUGGAAGUGAAGAUUCGAAGAAGAGUAUGUGUGGUAUAUACAUUGCUGCCAAGAAACACCUAUCUGAAAUGCUUGCAGAAGGAGAUAUAGAUGUUGUUGAUUCACCGGAGAAGGAAGUACCAAGAAUCCUCGGGAAGAUUCUUGCUUUCCCUGAGUUCUCCACACCAGAAAACAGUCCAAGAGUGACCUUGGCACAUGAUAUUGUUGGUGAUCAGACAACAGAGAAACCAGAGAUUCAGCAGUGCAGUUCAGAACAAUACUCUCAGCUAUUAGUAUCGGAUUCAAAUACACAUGAAGACACAGCGUCUACCUGUGAUAUUCCAGUUAUUGAAGCAGGCAUUUCAGACACUGAGAUGGAAGAGGAACAGAAGACUGUUCUGGAUUCAAUGUCUGAAGAAAUUAGCUCUUCCAUUACCCACCAAGAUGCAUAUAUGGAUGAUGAGAAUGAGCACAAAAAACCCUUGGAAAAGGAAGUAUUUGAUGAGGGGAAGUUACCGUGUUCUCCACCAAACUCUUCAGUAAAAAUGUCUGAUUGCCAAGAAAAUACCACAGAUGUGCUGGGAAAGUCAAGUCCUGUGUCUGUGCUUGAGCCUUUCUUUACAGACGAUGACACUAGUCCAAACAGCACCAGGUUCUCUUCAGUGGAAAUGCGGAUGCAACCACUGUGCAUAAGAUUCGACGAAGCUGAUUCUCCAAGAACCAACAAAGAAAAUGAUGUCAAAACUAGGAUGGAUGACAAGGAAUUGGCUCUUGCAUACAUUCAAGCCGUGGUGAAAUCCUCAGAGUUGAACUGGGAAGAGCUUUUGGCGAGGUCUUUUUAUUCGGAGCAGCUUCUUGAGCAGGCUCUAAUGGAUGACAUAGAUUUCUGUUCUACAAAUCUCUGCAGUGAUAAGAAACUUCUUUUUGACUGUAUCAAUGAAGUUCUUAUGGAGUUUUGUGGGCAUGGCCCUUGGAAUUCAUUCGUCAAACCGGCAGUUCGGUUUUUUCCAGAUAUGGAAAACGCUACUGAAGUGGUACAAGAAGAAGUUUAUUGGCAUCUCUUACCUUUGCCUUCUCCUCACACACUAGACCAGAUAGUGCAGAAAGACCUGGCUAGGACUGGAAACUGGAUGGACCUCCGCUUUGAUAUUGGUUGCAUCGGUUCUGAAACAGGUGAAAUGAUCCUUGAUGAACUAUUAGAAGAGAUAAUCAGCAACUGCACAUACUUGGUCCAACCUGAAACACUCAACGAGCUGAUUCCUUGAGUCUCACUGCUCCAACACUUCUUGUGCUGACGAAGAAAGAUACUCAUGAUCACCAAGAAGCUCCUCUGUUAGCUCUGUACAGUUUCACUUCCACUUCAAUGUACAAGCUCUAGUUUUCGUUCUUGUGCAGAUACACACAACCACAACUUUUAAUACCCCAACAACGACUGCAAACGAAGCGCUUUGUUUUGUUUCUUUCAGUCCUUAUUAUGUUUUCUUUUCCAUUUGGCUUCUGUAAAGUUUUGAGUUCUGUUGUGAAUGAAUGUUAGUUGUAUGUUGUUUUUAUAAGAGAAUGAAUAAAACAAGGCUUGAACUUAA